UGUGGCUGGGCUAGUGUUAACACACUUACAGUUGUAGUGGAUCUGUGGUGUGGAACUGUGGUGGAGGUGCGCUGUGGUGCUGUCUCGUACAUGUGCAGGACUCAAAGCAACACAGGACUAGCUUUACUCAGGUCUAUCUCUCCGUCCCAGGUGACUGUGCUGGCUGCUUCGCAAUAUUUGUUUUGGUGAACGAAUUAUUGUGGAUUUAAUCGCGUUUUUCUCGUCAAGGAUUUGGGAACAGAACGACAGUGCCUCUAAGUGACAAUUGAAAAAGUGUUGUGGAUGUGAUAGUGACAAGACCAUGGUGAUACACUGUUCCAAGACCGUGAAAUAAUAGUGUGAAACAUAAACGAAUGAGAAGUGUUGCGUGCGGCUCGUAGACCCCGCAAAGUUAGAAUGGUUCAGAGUGUCGACAUGCCUCUAUUUUAUUACAAUAGAAUAAACACGAUGACGGACGAGCUCCUGUCACUUAAGUGGAAUAAUCACAAGUCCACUUUCGCUGAUAUCCUCACAAUACUCAGGGACCAGGACUUGUCAGCAAAGUCAUCCAAGUCAAUGAAACAAGAAGAGUCUGGUAUGAUGAGUCCUCAAGGGCAUAGUGGCUUACCUCAGCACCAUCCACCCGGACCCCUUUCUGGCUCCAUGCUGCUACCCCCUGGAUCCAUCUGGCCGCAGGAUACAAAGGUUAAUAUUGAAGAGAUUCUACCAUGUCCUAUUUGUGGCAAACAAUUUCCUAAGAAACGGAAGUCAAACUUGCAAGUGCACCUAAGGACACAUACUGGGGAAAGGCCUUUUAAGUGCCAACAGUGUGGUCGAGGCUUCAAGCAGAAAGCACACCUAGAAAAGCAUCAAGAAAAGUCCUGCCAUGUGUUGUCAGAGUAUGUGCCUUAUCCGUUUUUUCCGAAGAUCUGAGCAAUGGGGUUUCCCCAUGUGCUCAGUACCAUGAUAUAAGAGGCUCAUGCUCACCGUGCCCUAGCGACUCUACCUCAGUCAAGCUGCCUCAGCAGACCCCGGGCCCAUGCCAGAGGGGUGGCAAUUCCACAUCCUCAUCUCUGCCACAUCUGUCCCCAGACUUUUCAAAUGGGGUGGCAGUUCUACAUCCCGGUUGAGCAUAUGCAUUACUCCAUUCUUCUAAAUCAAUUAUGUGAUUGUUGUCUGUGACUGCAACUAAGUUGCCUUCUGUUAUCUAAGUAGGGGUUUUGUCACUGACUGAGAAAAUAUACAGCUUUAAACUGCUCAUUUAUAGAGCAUCCUGUGAAUCUGUUCAAUGCGAGUUACAAUUAACUACUUGUAAGUAAUCAAUAUGCCUAUCUGAACUUUCUUGCUACAUUAUGUAAACACGGGUACAACCGUCCGAUAUUAGUUUUUUAUUCAUGUAUAUGUACAAUUAUUAAUGAACCCAGUGUUAUCUGAGUUAUCAUAGCUGCUUGCAGCAUUUAUAUUUGUAUCUUACGUGUAUAUACAUAAAUAUAUAUACCAUGUGUGUACAGAGAGCAUUAAAACAUAAAAUUUGGAUCUUUUAGAUUUAGUUUCAGAUCUAGUUAGUGCCCUGCAAUGGAUUUCAUCAAUUCCCUUCAUAAACUUACCCAUUCAUUUCAUCUUUCCAUUUUCAUAGUAACUGUGUUAUAUGUAUAUAUAAGAGUUUAUGUGUUGUAUAUUGAAAAUGUAAAAGCAUAGAAAUUCCACAAAAUUUAAUUAAGCCAAUAUUAUAGUAUAGGUAUGUAUAAAGUCAUCUUCAGUUUACUAUAAUUGUAAUAUAAUAGUUUUAUAAUAUAAAGUUUCAUGUAAUUGUUAACUGGGCAUUCAUUAAUUACUCACAGUCAGUGUUCUCUGUUUCUCUGAUUCCAAAGUAAAUGUGUAGGUAAUGAAAUGUAAAUUUAUCAGAUACCCAAGAUUUGGAAUUUGAUACACAUAGUAUAUUAUAUUCUGAAGCUGUUAGCCUUUGUGCAUCAAUAAAAAUUAUAUCUUUGGUGUCUUCCUUAGCAAUAGGAGACACUGCUGUUCAAGUAUAGUGAUAUGUGCUUUCAUAUUUACAGUUCAGUACAUUCCCAAAAUAGACUUCAGUAGAGUUACUGAAGAAAAAGUAAUUUUAAUUAUGUACAGCAUUAGUUUAUAGAUUUAAAAUAUUAUUUGAUAUGAAAUAUAUAUUGAUCAUGUAUGACAGUCCAAAAGUAUAUUUAAGAAAAAAAAAAAUUAAAUAUAUAUACAAUAUAUUGGUACAUAUUUGAUGCAGAAUGGGAGAGUUAAAAAACCCCUGCGCAGGGCACUGGCAGCAGCACUUUAACAUAGCCUUUGGAUGAUAUUGUUAAUCAUGACCAGAAGAAUGUGUACCUUUUCAUUACUUAGUUGUCAGAGUGAUUAGUUCUCCUUGUCAAUGUGAUAUAUUUUUUUAACUGCCAUGUCUGUGAACAAGAGAAAAAAAUCAUUACCACUUUUUUUAUGAAAAAUAUUUGUUUGUCUCAUUUCUUUGGCAAUGAUUAAGAAUUACCCUUUAUUCAUCUAUGGUUGAGGUCUUGUAAAUCUGUAAAUAGAUUAAUAGUCAUUAUUUUAGUAUUCUUUACCUAUAUGCACCCUUUAUCAAGAAAUUUGUCUUAUCCAUGAAAUAAAACACUAUUUUCUAA